AUGGCUGAAAUAAUCCAGCAGAGGAUAGAGGACAGAAUCCCUGAGUUGGAACAGCUGGAAAGAGUGGGAUUAUUCACGAAAAAAGAAGUGAAGGCUAUGAUUAAAAAAGCAACGGCUCUAGAAUACAAGUUACACAGGAGAAUCAUUAGCAAAGAAGACUUCAUCACGUAUAUCCAGUACGAAAUUAAUGCUUUGGAGCUGAUCAAAAAAAGAAGACAGCGCAUCGGCUACAGAUUCAAGAGAAAAGAAAUCGAGUUCUCGAUUAUUCAGCGAAUAAACAACGUUUUCAGGCGAGCCACUGCAAAAUGGAAGGACGAUGUCCAGCUGUGGCUGUCCCAUGUUGCCUUCUGUAAGAAAUGGAACACCGUUAUCCAGCUCAGUAAAGUGUUUUCCUCAAUGCUGGCCAUUCACCCAGAUAAACCAGCUCUGUGGAUCAUGGCCGCGAAGUGGGAGAUGGAGGAUCACUCCUCCUCCGAGAGCGCGAGACACCUGUUCCUGCGCGCCCUUCGCUUCCACCCGGAGCACGCCAAGGUGUACCAGGAGUACUUCCGGAUGGAGCUCAUGCAUGCAGAGAGGUUGAGGAAACAGAAGAAGGAGCUGGAGCAGGCCAAGAUGGACCUGGGAGAGUACGAGUUUCCUGACGAGAUCAUGAGUGGCAAGCUGGCCGAAAUCAUUUACAAAGAGGCAGUUCAAAAAAUUAAAGGGGCGGAGUUUGUGCUGUCCUUCCUGAAGAUCGCUGGGCUCUUCGACUUCACGAAGGAGCUGCAGGACAUCAUCAUUCAAGACCUGCAGAGCCGGCAUGCCGGCGACCCCGUGACCUGGGACUUCCUGGCGCGCCGGGAGCUGGAGGCGGAGCCCCUGCCAGCCGCACACAUGGUCCCCGCGCAGAGCCGGGCGGCGGAGGUGGGGCGAAGGGAGGAGCGCAGCUGCCUGGUGUACGAGGAGGCGGUCAGGAGCCUGGGCACAGGGGACAUGUGGACCCGUUACGUCACGUACUGCCUGGACAGGUUCAAGAGGAAGACCAACAGCCAGGCGCUGAAGGAGAAGAGGCAGGAGAGGCUGCUGGGUGUGUUUCAGAGGGCACACGACUCCAUGCUGCUGGAUGAAUCCCUGUAUAAGACGUGGCUCCAGGUGCUGCAGCGCGUGGGGCUGACUCAGGUCGCCACGGAGGUUGCCGUGGCGGCGACACAGCGGUUCAGCCACUCGGUGGAGACGUGGUGCACCAGCCUGCAGGCACUGAUGGCGCUGGAGAGCAGCGACGUCAGCAAGAUGUUCGAUGAAGCCCUGACGCUGAUCAAGCCCAAGGAGAGCUGGCCGCUGUGGAACCUGCGCCUGCAGUGGAGCGAGACUCAUCAGAACCCCGAAGAGACCAAGGCGCUCUUCCAGAAGGGAAUACUGUCUUCCGUCCCUGCUGUGUCCAUGGAAAUGAAGGAGAAGUACCUGGACUGGUCCUACCGGACCGGGGGCUACAAGGCGGCAAAGAAGACAUUCACCAGUCUGCACGAAAGCCGGCCCUUCUCCAAGGCCUUCUUCACCAGGAUGAUCCAGCUGGAGAAGGAACAGAAGCCCUCUAAGAUGAGUGCCCUGAGAGACUACUACGAGCGGGCGCUGAGGGAGUUUGGCUCUGAAGACGAGGACUUGUGGCUGGACUACAUCAAGGAGGAGCUCAGCCACCCCCAGGGGCAGAUGGAGAACUGCGGGAAGAUCCACUGGAGGGCCAUGAGGACCCUGGAGGGCGAGCAGGUGGAGCGCUUCGUCACCCAGUACACCCUGCUGCAGACCGGGCACCUGUAGGGGGCGCCACUGUCUCUCCCGUGUCCCCGUCCGACCGGCCUCGGCAGCCUGUUCCCUAGAACUACAGGGGGGAAAAAUGUCCCGGUGCUCCUGGCAUUGUCACCGCUUCUUAAAAGUGUUCCUAAAACUCCGCACCCCCUGUUCUAUUUAUCCGUUUUUUUCUAAUAAAGUUGCCGAUUUUUUGCA